GUUCGCGAACGCCGGCGGCUGAGGGGAGGCUCUAUGGCGACCGGGGCGAACGCCACGCCGCUGGGCAAGCUCCACCCGCCCCCGCCGCCGGGGAAGCCGGGUUACCCCCUGCCGCCGCCUCCCCCGGGCCCUCCCGGCCUCGUGCUCCCCGGGCCGCCACCGCCGCCGCCUCCCGGAGCCGGCCAGGCCCAGGCCGCGCUGCUGGGCCCCAUGGCGGCCGCCGCCUACCCCUUCGCCGCGCUGCCGCCGCCGCCGCCGCCCCCCCCGCCGCCGCCGCCGCCGCCGCAGCCCCAACCGCCGCCGCAGCAGCCGCAGCCGCCGCCGCCCCCGCCGCCGCCGCCCCCCCCGCAGCAGCAGGCGGCCGCGCAGCAGCAGCAGCAGCCGCCCUCGGCGGCCGCCCAGCCGCAGCCGGCGCAGGGCGCCGCGCCCUACGGGCAGUACCGCUACCCGUCGUCGUCGCCGCCGCCGGGGCACGAGCAGCCGCAGGCCCCGCAGCCCUCGGCCGCGCCGCCCCCGCAGCAGCAGCAGCCGCCGUCGCAGCAGCCGCCGGCGGCGGCCCCGCCGCAGCAGCCGCCGCAGCGCCCGGAGGAGAGCGGCCCGGCGGGCGGCGGCGGGCAGAAUGAGCCGGCGGCGCGGCCCGCCGGGGGGCACAAGCCGUCCCGGAGGUCAGACUUCCCCAAGAAGCGGAAGAGGAGCCGCUGGAACCAGGACUCGCUGGACCAGAAGACGGUGAUCCCGGGCAUGCCGACGGUGAUCCCGCCCGGGCUGACGCGCGAGCAGGAGCGCGCCUACAUAGUGCAACUGCAGAUAGAAGACCUGACUCGCAAACUGCGCACGGGAGACCUGGGCAUCCCCCCUAACCCUGAGGACAGGUCGCCUUCCCCCGAGCCCAUCUACAACAGCGAGGGGAAGCGGCUCAACACCCGCGAGUUCCGCACCCGCAAGAAGCUGGAGGAGGAGCGGCACAACCUCAUCACCGAGAUGGUGGCGCUCAACCCCGACUUCAAGCCGCCGGCGGACUACAAGCCCCCGGCGACCCGGGUGAGCGACAAGGUGAUGAUCCCGCAGGACGAGUACCCCGAGAUUAACUUCGUGGGGCUGCUGAUCGGGCCCAGGGGCAACACGCUGAAGAACAUCGAGAAGGAGUGCAACGCCAAGAUCAUGAUCCGCGGCAAGGGCUCCGUCAAGGAGGGCAAGGUGGGCCGCAAGGACGGGCAGAUGCUGCCCGGCGAGGACGAGCCCCUGCACGCCCUCGUCACCGCCAACACCAUGGAGAACGUCAAGAAGGCGGUGGAGCAGAUCCGCAACAUCCUCAAACAAGGCAUCGAGACGCCGGAGGACCAGAACGACCUGCGCAAGAUGCAGCUGCGGGAGCUGGCGCGCCUCAACGGCACGCUGCGGGAGGACGACAACCGCAUCCUGCGGCCGUGGCAGAGCACCGAGACCCGCAGCAUCACCAACACCACCGUCUGCACCAAGUGCGGCGGCGCCGGCCACAUCGCCUCCGACUGCAAGUUCGCCAGGCCCGGGGACCCGCAGUCGGCGCAGGACAAGGCGCGCAUGGACAAGGAGUACCUGUCGCUGAUGGCGGAGCUGGGCGAGGCGCCCGUCUCCCUGAGCACGGCCGCCCACAACAACAGCCCGCUCUCCUCCCGCUCCAACGCCUCGGCGCAGGGCAGCAGCCAGCCGCCCCCGAGCCGCCCGCCCUGGAUGAACUCCAGCCCCUCGGAGAACCGGCCCUACCACGGCAUGCACGGCGGGCCGGGGGGGCCCGGGGGGGGCCGCACAGCUUCCCCCACCCGCUGCCCGGCAUGGGGGGCACGGCGGGCACCCCAUGCAGCACAACCCCAACGGCCCCCCGCCCUGGAUGCAGCCCCACCACCCGCCCAUGGGCCAGGGCCCCCACCCGCCGGGCCACCCGGGCCCUCACCACAUGGAUCAGUACCUGGGAAAUUCGCCUGUGGGCUCUGGGGUCUAUCGCCUGCAUCAAGGAAAAGGUAUGAUGCCGCCGCCGAUGGGUAUGAUGCCCCCGCCGCCCCCUCCGCCCAGUGGUCAGCCCCCCCCACCCCCCUCUGGUCCUCUCCCCCCAUGGCAGCAGCAGCAGCAGCCGCCUCCGCCGCCGCCUCCCAGCAGCAGUUUGGCCUCCACUACUCCCUUGCCAUGGCAGCAAAAUACGACGACCACCACGAGCGCUGGCACCGGCUCCAUCCCGCCGUGGCAGCAGCCGGCGGCGGGGGCGGCUUCUUCGGGGGCCCCCCCGAUGCCCGGCAGCCCCUCGCUGGUGCCUUUGCCGCCCGGGGUGCAGCCCCCGCUGCCCCCCGGGGCCCCCCCGCCGCCCCCGCCGCCCCCUGGCUCCGGGGGCAUGAUGUACGCGCCGCCCCCCCCGCCGCCCCCCAUGGACCCUUCUAACUUCGUCACCAUGAUGGGCAUGGGGGUGCCGGCCCUGCCGCCCUUCGGCAUGCCGCCCGCGCCCCCCCCGCCGCCCCCCCAGAACUGACGGGGGGGCCCCGCUCCCCCCCACCCCCCGAACCGCCUUUUGUUACUGCCCUUCCCCGCGGAGGGGGGGAGCGCCCCGGCGGGGGGGGCACGCAGAUGGGGCGGCCCCGCUCCCCCCCCCCCCCCACCGCGGCUCCUUCCUCCUCCUCCUCCUCCCCCCCCACCCUCGGGCUGCUCCGGGCCGCGCGCAGCCCCCCCGCGCCCCCCCCGCGCCCCCCCGCUUUCUUUUGUGUAUGAGUAAAGCCGCCCUGCGCGCGGGGAGGCCCCGCCAAUAAAGGCAGCUGGUUUUUACCCGGGA